GUAAAUGUAUCUCACCAAUAAAAGUAAGAGACAAUUACGAGAUUGGAGGUUCAAAACUACACAAAAGAAAAAUUUGUAUAGUAUAGUAGUAUAGUAAAAGUAUAUAGAAUUGAUCCUCACUUACAAACUCAAUACAUACCCAUAAUUUAUUUCCUAAAAUAUAAUCGUGAUCAUGCUCAAAUUUAAGAGUACAACUCAUUCAGUCAUUCCAUCUUAAAAAAAAAAGUUUACAUUUACAAAAAAAAAAACUUAUUAUUAUUAUUAUUAUUAUUUAGAACACUUAUAAAUAUGGGUUCUUAAAAUUGAAACUUGGUUAUAAAAAUAAAUUUUAGAAAGAGAAAAAAAAGCAAAAAUUAGCCAGAAGACUAACAGAAGGGCCCCAGUCCACACUCUCCAUGGCUGCCUGCCUGCCUUACUCAUCCUUAGUCAAUCAAAGUCUGCUUACUUCCCUUUCUUCUCCUUUUUCCUUAACCACAAAAUAGAUUAAUUAAUUAAAAUCUGAUGAUGAUGAGUUUUCUCUAAUUAAGUGCAAAACCAAUUCAUCACAACCAUCCAAUUCCCCAAUUAAUUUACUCCUAAACCAUGGUUUGUUAGGUUAACCUCAGAUGGAAAAGAGAUGGUACACAGUACUAACUACAAACAAACCAUACACGCACUCACACAGUACAGUUUGGUAGGCCACAGUCUCCCUGGACCCCAACAUCAAACCCUCCCUAUUACAGUCUCUCUAACUCUCUGCACUAUACUAGUAACAUAGAAAAAGCAGACAAACCAACCCACGUUAAGAUUAAAGGAAAGGGGGGGCCAAGAGAGAGAAAAAUUCAGAGAGAGAAAGCAACAAAUCAAGGCGUAUACUUAGCUGUUUUUCGGGUUUCUAACGCCGUUUCUUGCAUUUCUCCUAGCUUCUCUGAGAGAUUAGAGAGUGGUGACUGGUGGGUAGUAGUAGUUUUGUGGGGGGUUAUUUUUGUUUCUCGGGUUGAGCUGAAAGCCUGAAAGAAGAAGCUUUUAUGCUUAAUUGCUUUAACGGUUAAUAAAGAUUGGAUUUUUAACGUUGGAAUUUGGGAAGCCUUCUUCUCCAGCUAAGGAUUGUUUCUUAAUUUGGGCGGUGGGUGCCUUUAAAGAGCAUUUAUGUUUGUGGGUUUUUAGUGGGUUUUCUUGAGUUAACUGCGUUUAUUUAUUGAUUAAUGUUGUGAGGAGAGGUGGGAUGGAGAGUGUAACGAAUUGAAUUUAUUGUUGGAGGCAGGAAAGGAAAAGGGUUGUUGGGUUUGGUUUUUUUCAGGUUGAUUGAUUGAUUGAUUGAUUGAUGAUAUAGAGAGUUUAAUUUUGUGGGUAUCUGUUAUCAAAAGAAAAAUUCUAAUCAUGGCAUGUAGAGGGCCUUUUUCCCAGCAGCAACAAAGCAAUGUCUCAGUUGAAGGUCAAAUUUCCUUCUUUUCUUCUCUUUUCUUCUUCUUCUUCUUCUUUUUUUCCUGUAAUUUUCUUUUCUUUUUGUUUUUGUGAAUUUUGUGUUUUAAAUUUCAUAUCCUCAAAUUGAUUUCUUGUUUUUGCUUGGGGGAAUCAGGUCAUGAUGAUCUGUACACAGAGCUGUGGAAGGCUUGUGCAGGUCCAUUGGUGGAUAUGCCAAAGCCUAAAGAAAGAGUUUACUAUUUUCCACAAGGUCACAUGGAACAAUUGGAGGCUUCUACAAAUCAAGAGGUGAAUCAAAAGAUACCAAUGUUUGGUCUACAUCCAAAGAUCCUCUGUAGCGUUGUAAAUAUCAAGCUUAUGGCUGAACAAGAGACUGAUGAAGUCUAUGCACAAAUUACUUUGAUACCAGAGCCAGAUCAAAACGAGGUGAAUUCCCCAGAUUCACAUCCUGCUGAGCCCCCAAGGCCAACGGUUCACUCCUUCUGCAAAGUUUUAACGGCUUCCGAUACAAGCACUCAUGGGGGAUUUUCUGUUCUUCGAAAACAUGCCAACGAGUGUCUUCCUCCCUUGGACAUGACUCAGCCGGUGCCUACACAGGAAUUAGUUGCCAAGGAUCUUCAUGGAGUUGAAUGGCACUUUAAGCAUAUAUUCAGAGGACAACCUCGUAGGCACUUGCUUACAACUGGCUGGAGUACAUUUGUUACAUCUAAGAGACUCGUAGCUGGAGAUUCUUUUGUAUUUUUGAGGGGUACAAAUGGAGAAUUACGGGUUGGGGUUAGACGUCUUGCUCGCCAACAGUGCUCCAUGCCACCAUCAGUGAUUUCAAGCCAUAGCAUGCACCUAGGAGUGCUAGCCACUGCAUCUCAUGCUGUUCAAACUGGAACCCUCUUUGUUGUUUACUACAAGCCAAGGACGAGCCAGUUUAUUAUUGGAUUGAAUAAGUACUUAGAAUCAAUUAGCCAUGGGUUUGGAGUUGGCAUGAGGUUUAAGAUGCGAUUUGAAGGGGAGGAUACUCCUGAAAGAAGAUUUACUGGUACGAUAGUUGGUGUAGAAGAUAUUGUCCCUCAAUGGAAAGAUUCUAGAUGGAGGUCGUUGAAGGUUCAUUGGGAUGAACCCGCAUCCAUAGCAAGACCAGAAAGGGUCUCUCCUUGGGAGAUAGAACCUUUUGUGCCUUCAAUACCUACUAGCUUGGUGCCCCAAGUAGCAGGGGGGAAGAACAAAAGACUUCGAUCGAAUUCUGAUGUUCCACUUCUCGAAACGGCACCUUCUGCUGCAUCAGCUGUUUGGCAUCCUUCCCAAGAUUCACCUUCAAUGAAUCAGAAUCAAAAUCAUGACAGUAAUUCCAGUCAGCUCCAAAGCAACAGAAAUGGUAAUAGUUUAAGAACCCAUGCAGCAGAUGGAGACUGGCUAUCCUGCUCGAAUGUGAAUGCCCCUCCUCGGAGUAUGUUGAUCGACGAGACAGACACAAAAAGUCCUCUUGCUUGGCCCACAUUCACUAGCAAUUCAGUCACUACCCACCUGAAUGAUGGAAGGAAAUCGGAUACAAUUGCUAGUUGUCGCUUGUUUGGUAUUGAUCUUAUCAUGGGUCCUUCAACUGGAUUAGUCCCUGAAAAAGAGCAUGCCAACACCCUAAGUUCCCCCAAGGAAGAGAGUUCACCAACUGCAUUAUCUGCUAGUGGUUCUGAGCAUAAUAAAUCAGACCUCUCAAAGGAUUCCAAAGAUGUUGCCGCUGGGGCAUUGCAGAUUCCUUCAAAGGAAGUGCAAAGCAAGCAGAGUGGCUCGACGAGAAGUCGAACCAAGGUUCAAAUGCAAGGAGUUGCAGUGGGUCGCGCUGUCGACUUAACUAUGUUGACGGGGUAUGAUCAGCUUAUAGUCGAACUGGAAAAAAUGUUUGAAAUAAAGGGAGAGUUGAGCCCAAGAAACAAGUGGGAAAUUGUUUUUACAGAUGAUGAAGGGGAUAUGAUGCUUAUGGGUGAUGAUCCUUGGCUGUAAGUUUUCCAUUUAUUAUUCAUCUUGAUUUUUGAGUUCCGUAUGAUGUUGUCAUAAUCCUAUAUCGCCAACAGCACAUAGUGGGUUGAAUGCUAAUUCCUUUCUUUUAUUGGCAGUGAAUUCUGUAAGAUGGUUCGGCGAAUUUUCAUAUGCUCUAGCCAGGAUGUUAAAAAAAUGAGAGCAGGAACUGGAAACAUUCUUCCUCUAACCUCUUCAGAUAAUGAGGGAACUGCUGCAUUCAACUCGGAAAGUGGUGAACUUGAGUAGAAAGAAAACCUUGCCUUUUGGUUCUAACGCCCCUCACAAUCUUUUGCAUUUUCCUUUCUUCUUUAGUAUCCUUUUUCAUGUGAUUUCUCCCCUCUCGUAUCUUGUUAUUUUAGUCGUGGACGGGGGUGUGGAAGGUGGCGGUGAUGGCAGAAAGGAUUCUUUGAAUGAUCGGAUUUAGUUUGACUAGAAAACGUGAACGCAUUGUGGUGCAGGAGGGAGGAAAUCCUUCAUUGGAAAUAACAAUGAUGAAUGAAGUUACUUCUUAGUUAGUUCACUGCCCAGUUUUGACUGCAGUCCAUAGUUCAAACCUGCGUUGAAGUUUGGAGUUUUAACUGGUAUUGUACUUAGACCUAGGAUCCAAAUUGAUGAAGGGGUAGGUUAGAAGUGUGUAUAGUGAAAAAAUGUUGUCGCGGGUGGAUUUGGAAUUGGUGCAUCUGUAAAUAUAUAUCUAUAUAAGUAUCAAGUGUGGCGUCGAAUUCUUGUGUCAAAUGAUCUGGAAGUCUGAACGCUUUCUUUUGUAAGCUUUCUUUCUAAUGCAACUAAGUUAAUGCAAUGCAUUUGCCUUAGUCUGGUACUCCUGCUUGCACUGUCUUUCAUUGCUCUCUUGUUUCAAUUCUAUGUAUAUCGGCUCCUCUGUUACAAACGUGACUCUCGUUUGAUUCCUGUAUACAAACGUAAAUCUGUUUUGGAUGCUAGAUUGGUUGAUGGUUUGUUUUGUUGUCGUUUGAAACAAACCCAAGGCUUGCAUUCCUUUCCUAUUUGUAUAAGAAGACAUUUACUCUAAAAUUCCAAUUUUUUUUUUAUCAUUAUCAAAAAUCGGUUUCCCCG